UAUGAAUUGUCGGCUUGUUUGCAGAGCUACACAUAUGGUGGCGCGCCGCCGCCGCGCCCCGCGGGUCGUAGUCGCCAUGUCUUUCUUUUUGGUAGUGUCGUUCAGACGUGUCUAUGCUAUUGACGUGCUGUCGUUAUAUAUAUAUUUAAUUACGUUGUGUCAAUAAGUGUUCGAACGCAGUCUGCUAGUGAAGUGUACACUGAUAAGUGAUAAAAAGUUUAUGUGAGCAUCAGAACAUGUGACAUACGCAAUGGCAGAGGAAACUACUACGUGUGCCGGUGAGGUUCAUGACUCGCCAUCGAAUAAAUUGGAGACCAAUGAAAAUACCCCUAACGUUGCAACAGACCAAGUUGAAGUAUCUAUAUCUACAGUUACUUCUAAUGGACUUGAUAAUGAUCAAAGUUUAAACAGAGAGGAGAGUGGUGUAGUUCUGGAUAGAUUUGGGGAUUGUAAAGGCGCAGUGACAGACUUGAAGGAAACUUUCAGUGAGCAUGAAACGUGUGAAGUAAACGACGAUGUACGGUCAAUAGGUGACUUGGAUAGUUUGCCGGCUGGGGACGAACUCGCUCUAAACGCUGCGGGCAGUGACAGUGGAGUAGAGGGUUGCGGACGGGCGCUUAGUAGCGGUGGCGGCUCGCGAUCAUGUGCUUCUAGUGUAGUGUCAUGUGGUUCCGGAUGUGGUUCCGAGAGCUCGUCACUAGCCGGAGCGCCGCCCCGUCCUCGUCGUCGUGUCAAUGUAACCGUAACGGAACCUAAACGUAGCUCUCCUAUUGGAACGUCAACGCCACGCCCUGUUACUGCACCCCGCGGUCCUAAUUUAGCAACUCGUGAACGCGCAAGAAGUCGAGAGAAACCAACUCCACCCGAGAAGCCCCGCCCCUUGACACCGAAACCGCGAAUCCGUCCGACCGGUGACUUGCCAAACCUCAUACGCGAAAGUCCCGCGUUGCGUGCGAAGCCCACCAAGACGUCGACUGCACGAUGUAGAACUCCUAAUUCCCCUAGUGAAGAAAAACGCUGGCCGGCAAAUGGGCCUCGAUUGACGACUAAUUCUACCGACGCAAGUGCCACGCGCAAUGCUGCCGACAAGUAUGGAACUUUACCGCGUAGGCGGCGGGACGCAGAAACAGAUGGCUCACCUAAACAUGAAAGUACUCCGCCUUCAUCUAGAAGACCAACAGUAGUGCGUUCUUCUUCUUCCCGUACUACAAUAAAAACAAGAGUGCGAAUAUAUGCUGAAAAAACAUGUCAGACAGUACUUCUGGGGAGCGAUGUGGAGUCAGCGUUAUCGGGUGUUAUGCCUAAUAUUGAAACACGAGUGGAGGUAAGCCGCUGCCACCGUGGUGUGCAAGCGAGUGCCCGCGACGCGGAGUGCCAGCGGCUGGCGAACGCAGCGGCGGCGGCCGAGGCGGCGGCGGCGGCGGAGCGUGAGCGGCGGCUGCACGCCGAGUCGCAGCUGGCGGCCGAGCGCGCCGCGCGCCUCGCAGCCAUGGCCGACCUCGAGCGGAACACCCAGCGGCUGCUCGAGCUCGCCGGCGCCGGCGCGGAGGCGGGCGCGGACGCGUGCCUGCGCGCGCUGGAGGAGCAGCUGCGGGCGGCGCGCGAGCUGGCCGCGCGCCAGCGCGCCGACGGCGACGCACUGCGCGCGCGCUGCGACGCGCUGCACCACGAGGCGCGUAUGGCUCGCGAGACGGCGCGGUCGCUGGAGGCGCGGCUGGCCGAGGCCGAGGAGAUGCAGGACUUCCUCGCCGCCGAGACCAGCGCGCUCAGCGACUCGCUGCGUGAUACCGAGGCCGAGCUCGCGCGCGCCACGCUCGACCGCGACAAGAGCCGCACGGAGUGCCGGCAGCUGGUGCGCGUGUGCGAGCAGCGGCGGCAGGAGGCGCUGGCGGCGGCGGCGGCGCGGCGCGCGGGCGCGGGCGGCGCGGGCGAGGCCGCCGCGCUGCGCGCGCUGCACGGCAUGGCGCGCCGCCUGCGCGCGCUCACCGCCGCGCUGUGCGCCGCCUACCGCCUGCCGCCGCACGCGCUGCACCCCACCGUCUACCACAACGACGCCUACAGUCGCAGCGACAGCGGCGAAGCACUAUCCCCCGAGGACGAAUCCCGCGGUGGUCUGCUAGCGGCCGUCACCCGAGCUUUGAAGGCAACACCCUCCGCCGCCUGCUCGGCCGCAGCUGCCGGCCACGUGCCCAACGACGACGACCGCUCGCGACUUUCAGAUGAUAACUCCGCUGACCUGCUCGACUCGGAGACCGAGCCCUGCCUCGUCACAGAUCCUGAAUACGCGGAAGAGUGGUGGUCGGGUGCAGAGGGCGCUGGUGGCGCCUGGAGCGGUGAGGAACUAUCGCCCGAGCGAGAGUCUUGCGACGAGGACAGAGAGGACGCGGAGUGCAUGUCGGAGCGCGAGUCGCUGCAGCAGCUGUCGGCGGCGAUCGUGCAGCGGCAGCGCUCCGAGGCCGAGGACGCGGAGCGCGGCGCGCUGCUGGACCGCGUGCUCGCGCUCGACGACCACUUCGCGCAGCUGCUGCGCGCGCUGCGGGCCGCCGCCGCCGCCUCCUCCUGCACCUCGGACUCGAUGCUCGUCGCCGCGCUCAAAGACAAGAUAGAUGUAACAGAAAAGAAUGUGGCGGACGUUGUAGUGAAGAAACUAGCCGAGCUUGAUGCCAGUAAGAAUAUGAUUGAGCAGUACAGGCAAUCCAUCGAAACGCUCAAAAAUCAGCUGGCACAAUCAGGUGAAGAGGACGAUUUACAGUUUGUCGAAGAGGAGCUGCGAUCGUGCAGCGAGAGUUCGCGGAGGCAGCGUUAUGAAGCGCUGGAUGCAGCGUUGUCAGCGCUUGCGACACUGCCCCCGUGGCCGCGCGUUGCAGCGCUGCAGCGCCGCCUCGAGCGCCUCGCGUUCCUGCUCGCCUCGCCGCCCGCGCCCCACUCGCCACCCGCACUCGCCCCGCAGCCUCUGCAUACCACCGCCUAGUCCGCCACCAACAAUUUAACGCUACGGUCCAUCUAGGUAUUAUCUAACAAUGUUCUCUCUUCAAACAUUUGCAGAAGCAUGGAAUUUUCUACACGGAUUCACGGUCACGCUUUUACGUUAUUCAUAUAAGGAUAUGUAUAUGAUUUAAUAAGUCGCUAUUCUAAAGCCAAUUUUGGUCGUUCGCUUGCAUGUCACAUCUUAAAAUCGAGACGACUUUUAACUUGUUUUAUAAAGCUGUCAAUAAUAUUAAAGUUAAUACAAAAUUAUUUUUAACACCGUGACGUCAAAAACGUAAACCUUAUUCAUACAAAUAUAGGUCACUCCUAAACAAAUAAAGGUAAUAAAAUUAUUUUGUUGUUGCCCACACUAUGCUCUCAUUUGUAGUUAUUUUUUAGUAACAUAAUCAUGACAUUACUUACGAGGCUAAAGUGAUCAGUAUUCCCACCAGUGACAUAUUACGUGCAUUAAAAUAUACGAUUAUUUAUGAACCAAACUAUAAAUAGUAUACGGCCAUACCUGUAGACCAAAACAAUGUUUAAUUCCACAACGUAAAAAUAUAACUAGUGUCUAAUUAUAAUAAUUACAUUAUACAGGUCUAAGUGUUCCCACUUAUUACAAUAUUGUGUAAUGACAUAUUAUUAUUCACUUGUACAGUAACAUUUACUUAAAGUAUUUUAUAAAAAAAAAACAUAUUUUAUUUAUAUUAAGAAAAUCUAUUAAUUCAUAUACAAACAAUAUAAGCCAAAUUGUAGAAUCAUGAAUACUAUUUUGUUUUUUUUCUUUGUGACGUCCGUCCUAUGCAUAUUUCAUGUCACGAAUCGCUAAUACGUGACCACUGACUCCGAGUAUACAUAUAAUAAUUCAUCUUAUAUAAAAUAGAUUUAAUUAAAAACACAAAGUGAUUCAUAUUCAAUAUUACGAACAAGAGUAGUGUGUUAUAUCAAAUUACUAUAUUAACUGUCACAAUAUUUCUAUGGAAUUGCAUGGUUCAAUACAAAUAAAUUGUAGACGCUAGUAGAUAUAUAUAAGAGAGCGAAAUGAUUAUUGAUUUUGAAAAAGGAUUGUUAUUUGAUUGAUCUCAACAUCAGUUGAUUUGUAAUUUAAUGUUGUAAGUCGAUUGUCCAAUAACACCAGUAAUUUAUAGAAAAAUUAAAUAUGACUUAAGUAUGAUUUUUGAAAAAUGUUAUAGUAAUUUGCUAUUUCUCAAAAUUUUUAUUGUAUUUUUUUUUAAUAAUAAUAAUUAUUUCAUUCCUAGAAUGCAUUUAGUGAUUUAAAUAUCAAAAAUUCGUUUUGUCUUUGUUGGUUUAUAUUUUUUAUAUCGAUCUACUUAUUUCUAAAUUAGUAAUAUAAUUGAAGUAUUUUAAGUGCCAUUAGUGCUUAGGUCUCCUCUUGUAAGUGUACUAAUGCUGGGUCUAGGUAAAACUGUUUACUACGUCGUUUGAAUGUUGCAUCACAAUGUAAUUGUUUAUGAAAAUGUGUAUAUAAUAAAUAAAAAUGGCUGAUAAAUUAAUGUAAUCAAACUAUUGAGGUCUAGUCAACGUAGCACGAUUACUUCAAUCAUCACGAAAUCCGAGAAUUAAUAAUACAAUAUUAUUAUUGUUAUCGAAAAAUGUAAUUUAUGAAUUAUUAAGAUUUUUUUUGUCGAUUGUUAAAUAUCUGAAUAUCAAGUGUUAAAUUCUUAAAUUUAAAUGUAGAACUGAUUUUUUUUUAUAUAAAAUUAUGUUAUGGUUGUAGCACGUACGCCAAUUUAACAAGGUAUGUUGGUAAUUUAGACAAUUGUAACAAAAUGAGACUGAUUUUGUAUUUAUGGUGAGUUGUUAUUGAUGGUCGUGUUGAACUGUGUGGAAUGCGCUACGUCAUAGUUUAAAAUCGCGCAGUUUAAAGUAUUAUCGCACGCGAUACAACGAGUCGCAACGAAAUGCGUUCUAAAAAUGGUUUUCAUACAUUUAAUAUGUGCCAUUGCGCAUUGUAGGCGAGCUUCAUCGGCACGCUGUAAUUGCAUUGCAUUGUAAUGAGAUCCGACACGUUGUGCGCGAAUCUUUGUUAUUAUGCUUUCAAAUGUAUUGUUUUGUCAUAAACUUAGUACAAACAGUUACAAUGCUUCGUCCAAAGUAUAUAAUCGCUUGCUUGCGGUGCUAUUGACAUGGAUUUUUAAGAAAAUCGGGUAUAUAUUGUAAACAGUAAAAUCGUAUUGGUACUCACAUUAGUUUGAGGUUAAUAAUAUUAUUAUACAAUUAAUUAUGCGAUGUAAAUAGUAUGUAUGUAAAUAAAUACUAAAUUGGAAAUA